AUGGCGUUUCUCUCGAACAGAGCUUUAUUCGUAAAGAAUCUAAGCUACAACGUUACUCCCGAGGAGCUCUUUGAGCUCUUUGGCAAGUUUGGCGCCAUUCGCCAAGUGCGUCAGGGCAUUGCCAACAACACAAAGGGCACUGCCUUUGUCGUCUAUGAAGACGUCAUGGACGCAAAGCAGGCUUGCGACAAGCUAAACGGCUUCAACUUCCAAAACCGUUACCUUGUCGUCCUCUACCACCAGCCCGACAAGCGCCUGCAGACGGCAACCAACAAAAUCUCGUUGUCUCGACCCACUGCAGGCCCGUCUCCUUACUCUCCCCCCGCGCGGCCGUCGUCCUCGUCUAAGACGCCGGCCUCGCCGUCUCCGACAAAGACACCCUCGAAGCUUCGCGCCAAGCUGUCGCCGUCGACGCCGUCCAAGUCCUCGCCGGCUCGCCUGGUGACGUUCACGCCGCCCGUUACGACGACCUCAGCAUCGGCCACGACCGUCGUGUCAACUGCAAACGUGUCGUCUUCCUCCCCCCGAAGCAGCGGCAAGCCGAGCCUUGCAGACCAGACGCGCAAUGCCAUGCCGCAUUUUGUCCGCAAGCUCCUGCCUACCGUGACCGAGUGCGCCUAG